GUGCUUUUAUUCAAAAUGGCUUCGGAUACCGAAUCAGGGUCAGAGUACGAGGUUGUAAAGGUCUUGCAACAGAGGCGCAGACGAGGCAUAACAGAAUAUCUGGUACGAUGGAGUGGCUUUGGACCGCAGGAAGAUUCUUGGGAACAAGAGAAUAAAUUGAGUAAUUGUGCCACACUUAUUCAAGAUUUCGUGAAAUCAAGCUUGACACCUGCUAAAAAAACAACAAAAAAGAGAACUUCAAGGUCACGAUCUUCAUCACGGUCGAGGUCAAGAUCCAGGUCACGAUCAAGAGCAAGAACAUCAUCAAAGAGCCGGAAAUCUCCUUCAAGGAAAAAGGUUGCCACUCCAGCCAAGGAAACAACUGUGAGCGUAAGGCAGACAAGGAGGUCGACUGCAGGUGCUAGUGUUGUACAGGAAACAACCACUUCAAGUUCUACAACCACUUCAAGUUCUACAACCACUAAAGUGGUGGAAGACCUGAAACCUCUAAACAGUGUCGAUGAGGAUGUCAAAACGACAGUAGUAAAAGAAACCUGGACAUCAAAAUCCUUGCAGACAAAGUCCACAAGUGAUCGUAAACCAGCAUGGCAGCCUCAGCUUCCUGAGUUCGUCCGACUGAACACGUCUGACGUCCCUGUUAUGAUCAUAUUCUCCUGUAUAACCAUCAUCACACUAUGUUUUCUGCUGGAAAAAUAUGUGGACUUUGAGGCUGUGUGGAACAGUCUAGCCGCAUGGUGUGCUGCAAUCACUGCACAACUUGAUCGUUUACGACCGGGAGACGAGAAGGUUAGCCAAGCAAAAAGCGUUUGAAAACCCCCACUGACAGUUUUCUGCCAUUAUCCCUCCUCACCAGGAAUUGUACAGAAUGAAUGCAAUAGGCAGCAUUUCUCUCCUCCAACUUAAUGUGGCCAUGCCCAAGUGCCAUGGAGAGAGACCAAGCAUUGUAUAAAGUUGUCGUGACAGAAUAUGUAAUGCACAAGCUAACCAUACACAUUAUUAUCCAACAUACCUAGUAUUUUUAACCUUAUGUUGUUAUUUUAAUCAAAUGUAUUGUUUACUGACAAGUAUUAGGUAGAGCUACUUUAUCCUCUUACAAAAGUUCUGAAAUAUACCGGUAAAGUUAUCAGUUUUUUAAAAAAAAUCCUUUUUUUUUUCUCUUUCCUUUUUUGUGCCAUGUGCUAAAUUUAAAUUUGUUAAUGUGAAUGUCAUCCCUAUAAAUUUGUUUGUAAAAUGUUUUGUUUUAUGACUGGUACAUUGUGCUUUGUGACUUAUAUGUUGAUGGUGUAACUUCAUGGUUGUAAGUUGGUGAUAAAUUCAGGGACUAGGCUCCAAGGAGAUAGCUUACAAUAUUCUCCACAAUCAGCUGCUGACUGGCUGGUCCAUUGUAUAUAAUACAUCUCUAAAUGGUAAAACAAAUGCUUAAAGAUUCUUUUCCUAAAUUUGUAUCUGAAACAUAGGUAGUAGGUAUACAAGGAUUGCAAUUUCACAUGUCAAUAAGUCUGAAGGAGUAAUCUGUAAUAAAUAAAAAAAAAAAUAUAUACAGUUGAUGGUGCAUUAUAAAAUGAACGUGAUGUAAUAAGCAGAUUUUGGUUUAAUAUGAUUACGGAUUAAGGUUGAUAAAUGAACUAUGAAUCAACUCAAUGUAAUGUGUUCUGAUCUAGCGUGGCUGAGAAAUGCAGGAAGAUAUAUAGGGACCAAAGGACAAUUUUUUUUAUCACUGACCGAAUGAAAUCAGUGGUGUUGUCUAAACAAAACAAAUAGAUAUAUUACCAAGAUUAUUUCUUGAUUAGAGCUUUUCUACAGUCCUGGUGUGGUUGUGUUGAAAAAAUUGACAUAUUCUCUAAUCUCUAUUAAACGGGUAUAACACAUACCUCCAAACUGCUUUAGGCUAUCGCUUUUGUAGACACUGAUCAUGAAAGUGGAAAUUCUUCUCCUGUAGAUGCAGCUUUCAAAUUCUGUUGCCAAGUCCAAUCAAAUGUACACAAAGUCUCUAGUCACCUAUCUUUUUACUUAUAAAUGGAAGAAUUCAAUAUUCAUUCUAAGUGUCCAUGUGAAAAUUGCAGCAUAUGAAGAUAUUGACGUGUUUUACUAUGAAAUCAUUUUUUACAACUAUUACUCAGCAUCAUCUCUUUGUGCUAUCGUUAGCGUUAGACUAUGUGUAACCAUUUAAUCUCAUUUGUGUAGGCCCCCACCGAUUUAUAGCUUUGUACACGUGAAAUGAUUUCAUUACUGAAGUGGGGAAAAAACGUUAUAUCAUUGUUCUUUCCAGAAACAAUUGUUUUUUCCUAUUCGUGUAGCUUACAAGUAUAUUGAUGAUUUAAGCUGUGAAAUAUCAAAUUGAUGUUGCAUUAGCGUUUUUCUUCUUUAAACUUGUUCAUACUGGUAAUUAAAAAUGGCAGCUUCAAUAUUGAAUUUUAACUUAAGCCGGGAUGUAGUUUUAAUAUCGGUGUGUAGUUCAAAUUGGCUUUCAUAAUUACCAGUGAUUAAAGCAUUGGCUUUCCUAGAAAUUUCUCAUGGCUGGUGGUGACAUUGUAAGUGGAAAUGGUUUUGGCUCCAAACAAUUUUCCUGUUAGAAUCUAAAUAGGUUUUUUUAUGCAUCCCAGAUUUGCUUGAUGAAUUGUUGAAAUUCAUAAGAAGUUUUUCUUUUUUCAUUUCAUAAUAUUUUAUUGUUCAGAUCUUAGUUCAGAAUUAGAACUCUCCUCACAUUCAAAGUGGUUAGCGUGCACUGUGCUUUAAAAUAGUGAAUGUGAUGGGGAAAAUACAAAAUAUUGAAAGUACAGACGUUUAAUGUCUAGUUUUUGAUUGUAGACAACGAUUUACCUGUUUGAUUUUCUAUGAUAAGCUGCGAUAUGAUGCUUUUACAGUUUACCCCGAUUGUUAUCCGAUAGGCAGCAUUGUAAUGGCCACAAAUUUGUGGAGACAAAAUUUAUUUUUUUUAAUUUUGGUUUUUAGAUGAUUUGUUGGAAUAUUAUAGAAACUAUUACAAAACCUGUUUGAGAUCCUUUAUUUACAGAAUAUUUGAUAUUGAAAUUAUCAUAUUCAUUGAUCCAUGACUAGUCUUUGUGUGACACUCGUUCAACCAUUCCAAAUUUUGUAAGGAUCGGGAUGAAACAUUGUAGGUUUCGCUUCAGGAAAAUCAUGUUCUACUGUUAUGUCAUUGUCAUCUGUUUGUCAUUGAAAUGUACCUUGUACGAUAUAUAUUUUUACCAUUUUCCCUAAAGAUUGGAAAGCAAUUUUACAGCAAAUGUUUUAAAAGAAACUUCGCAAUAAAAUACAGACUGAAAAAAUUUG